AUGUCUAUACAAUUUGUUUUUCUUUGGUUAUUCUUCGAUCGAAGGUUGUUCACGAACUGCUUUUCUCCUGACACAACUGAUUAUGACACGUAUGGUUCGAAAAUUGCAUUAAAUGACAAGAUUUUCGUCCAAGCAAAUGGUGAGGGAGAAACAUUUCUCGUUCAAUUUUCUCCAUAUAACUAUACACUCGAUUCUCUUCAAUGUUCGUUUGACUACGACGAUUCCUCACAUUAUAUUUAUUCGGUUGGUGUGGGACAAAAGCAAAAUACGAGCCUGAACGUUUACUUUUACGUUAUUGGAGAAGUUACGUCUGACGAGGAUGAAUCAGGUCGAAAUGGUUCAUUUAUUGGCGUUUGGAUUAAUCAAGAUCCACAUAGUAUUGAUUAUUACCUGAUGACGAGAGAGUUCCUGUCUUGCCAUGAUUUUGUAAAUAAAAAUUUUCAAUUCUUGACGUCCUACGAUCAUCAGGAGUUUUUUGUUAUGGCAGUCGAACCGUAUGGGCGAUAUGCGAUUGGAUUAGCAACUGAUUUUGCGCUUAUUUAUACACCAUUUCCAAGCGCCACGAUAAGAACGCUAUCAUCCGCACAGAUUUGGCCAAAUAAUGCAACUUUUUAUCCAUUAUCAGCCGACGCUAGUGAUACAUUUACGAUCGUCGCCGGCUUUGUCGCUGGCACCGCCCGAUCACGCGUACGUGCUACACCAACUAUUUAUUUACUGUCUAAUACCGAUCUAAAAGUCCUGUCGACAUGGUCCUAUAGUGCUACUAAUAGUUCUUGGCAAUCACGCCUAACUUACUCCGGUGUUGAUGUUUGGAACAGUAAAUAUACCAUAUCAGUAAAGAUCAAUUCCGAUGAUCCAGCAAAAGUACUUGUUGGAAUGCCAUUUUUGAAUACAGUUUUCUUCUUUACAGUUACCAACAACAGCAAUCUUACAUUAGCGAGUUAUCUCGAUGAUGGUGAAUCAGUUGGCUAUGGUAAAAGCGUAACUUGGUUGACAAACUCACAAGCAGUCAUACUCGUAUCAUCGUAUUCAUUUGAUUAUCUUACAUGGUAUUCUACAAAAGUAUACGUCUAUACAUCAUUGAGCAAUACUACACUACCUUCGUCGCCGACUGUUGUCAUACCGAAUACUCAACAACCUAUACCAUCUACAAUUAAUUCGAAGUUAAUACGCCUGGCUUCGUCGCCUUCUUCAUUGGCUAUACUUGAUAAUGAUGGUGGUGUUCUGAUGAUCAUACCUGAAGAUGCAGGUUAUUAUGCAUCAACAGAUACAACCGACUCGCCGAUAGCUGCAUCGAUGCCUGUCAUUAGCCAUUCAAGUAGUUGUAUAGCCGGUACUUAUAAAUCCGAUGUUGGCAUCCAUGCCUGUCAACCUUGCGCAAGUGGAACAAGAAAUCCAGGUGUGACGUCUGCAAAAUCAUGUAUGAAUUGUUCAUCAGACAGCUUUUGUCCUCUGGGUGCGGCUUAUGAGCUCAACUCCAGUUUUCUUAUACCUAUCAGUCAAGCAUAUGCUUAUCCUCGUUCACCGGAUACAACUUCAUUCGAAGAUAUUCUUCUACAAAACAUGUUUUCUUUUGGCACAACUCCAUCUUGUUUGCUUGUUUCACCGAUAUUUUGGACGCUCAUAUUAAUUGUUCUAUUUCUUAUUCUAUUUCUUGUUAUGGCGUCAUUGAAUUGUUGUGUACAACCACCCAAACGAGAACUGUAUCGAGCAGCUAUUAAGCAUAUCUUUCGAAGCACAGAUCUUGUCGGCGAAGGCGAAUGGUGGGUUGGUGGACUUGCAUCGAUAGCAGUUGUUUUAGUAUCUGCUAUGGCUUAUACAUUUGCUAUAUCCUAUAUGUAUCAAUAUCCCAUCGAGACAACUGAUGGAUCAAAAUUUGCUUGUGAUUCUACUCUUCGAAAUGCGAAAUUCGAAUCAAGUCUACAACCAUUGGCUGUUCCGCCAUCUACCCAAGUGCAACCAAUGUUCGAUAUGUUAGAUACACAAAAUUUUACUCUUCAAUUUGAUUUACUCAAUACUGUCUUAUCAUGUAUGCGAAUUACGUUUUACAAACUGACAGAUUCUUCAACAAUAUCUCUUUCACCCUUGUCAUGUUCCCAGCUGAAUGGAACAGUUUCGACAACCAUCCUUUUACCUGACCAGCAGAUCACUAUCAGAGUAGUCUUCGAUGACAUUCAAUUGAUCGGCGGUAUACGCGUAGGUCUCUCUGGAUCAGGCCAGAAUAACGGAUUCUUCACAUUGAAACAACUGAAUUUUCUUCAACCCAUCUACAGUCCAUCGAAACUAGCUCUUGGACAAUCAGCAACGAUCAAAAUUUCUAUGACGAAAGUUAUAAAUGAAACUGAUCCUUUGUUUGACAGUGAUCCUGUUCAGUUUUCAGGAAUAUGGUAUCCCACAUUUACAUACAGUUACUCUGAAAUGUUCAUGACAGCUGCGCAGUAUGCAACCACCAUCAAUGGCACGUCAACAGAUAUAACAAUUGCAACCAGUGAAACAUCGUAUUACAUCAAAAAUAUACAAUCACCUAUCGCUAAACAGCCCGAGGUGAUUUUUCGUACUCUUUUAUUUGCAUUCUUAUGUUUGGAAUUAUGUGCCAUGGCAUUUAUACUUUGCAAAUUACUCAUCAUUCCAUUAAUAAAUAGAAUCACUUCAAAAUGUUGUGGCCAACUUCUGAAUACUGUAGAACCGAUGAAGCUUAUCGUACCUCAACAUCAUCAUCAUUAG